UGCCACUAUCUGUGCUGAGUUUUUCAAAGGUCAGAGCAGAUUGAAUCUUUGUGGUUUCAUUUUCCCUGAUUUUGAUUUUUCUCAUGGGGAACCUGUGUGGCUGCAUUCAAGGUGACUCGAAGAAGCCUUCCAAAAAGCAUGUGAAAAGGGAGCCCUCCUCUACUACCAAGGUGACUUCAGGGAGCACAUUCAAUGAGAAUACAAGAAGAUAUGCUGUGCACACCAACCAGUGUCGGAGACCUCAUGGCUCCCGGGUAAAGAAGAAGAGGUACCCACAAGAAGAUGACUUCCAUCAUACAGUCUUCAGCAACCUUGAAAGAUUGGACAAGCUUCAGCCCACUCUUGAAGCCUCUGAGGAGUCUCUAGUUCACAAGGACAGAGGAGAUGGAGAGAGGCCAGUCAACGCGAGGGUGGUGCAGAUGGCCCCUCUGAGGUGUGACUCUACUCCCCAUGAGGACACCGUACACGACAUCACUAACGAGGACGCCACACAGGACAUCGCUAACAAGGACACUGUAUACGACAUCGCUAACGAGGCCGCCGACAAGGGCAUCGCCAACGAGGACGCCGCCCAGGGCAUCGCCAACGAGGACGCCUCCCACGGCAUCGCCAACGAGGACACCGCCCACGGCAUCGCCAGCGAGGACGCCGCCCACGGAAUCGCCAACGAGGAUGCCGCCCAGGGCAUCGCCAACGUGAUCGCCGUCCACGGCAUCGCCAAUGUGGUCGCCGUCCAGGGCAUCGCCAACGAGGACGCCACCCAGGGCAUCGCCAAGGAGGACGCCGUCCACGGCAUCGCCAACGUGGUCGCCGUCCACGGCAUCGCCAACGUGGUCGCCGUCCAGGGCAUCGCCAACGAGGACGCCGCCCAGGGCAUCGCCAACGUGGUCGCCGUCCACGGCAUCGCCAACGUGGUCGCCGUCCAGGGCAUCGCCAACGUGGUCGCCGUCCAGGGCAUCACCAAGGAGGACGCCGUCCAUGGCAUCGCCAAGGAGGACGCCGCCCAGGGCAUCGCCAACGUGGUCGCCGUCCAGGGCAUCGCCAACGAGGACGCCGCCCAGGGCAUCGCCAAGGAGGACGCCGUCCACGGCAUCGCCAACGAGGACGCCGCCCAGGGCAUCGCCAACGAGGACGCCGCCCAGGGCAUCGCUAACGAUGACGCUGUACACAACAUCGCUAAUGAUGACACCGUAUAAGACAUCGCUAAUUAUGACGCUGUAUACGACAUCGCUAAUGACACCGUACAAGGCACGCUAACGAGGAUGCUGUACACGACAUCACUAAUGAGGACAGUGUACAAGCCAUCGCUAAUGAGGACACUGUAUAUGACAUCGCUAACGAGGACACUGUACAAGGCAUUGCUAACGAGGACGCUGUACGCAACACCGCUAAUGAGGACACCAUAUAAGACAUCACCAAUGAGGAUGCUGUAUAUGACAUCGCUAAUGACACCCACAAGGCAUGCUAACGAGGACGCUGUAGACGACAUUGCUUAUAAGGACACCGUACAAGACAUCGCUAACCAGGACGCUGUAUACGACAUCGCUAAUGAGGACAUUGUAAUGACAUCGCUAAUGAGGACGCUCUAUACGACAUCACUAACGAGGACGCUGUAUACAACAUUGCUAAUGAGGACGCUGUAUAUGGCAUCGCUAAUGAGGACACUGUACAAGACAUCUGUAAAAAAGAAGAUGUUGCCAAUGAGCCAUUGACACUGGAGAAUGAUAUGUACCCUGAAAUAACUCACUUCCUGAGGAAAAAGUGCCAUCUCUAGGAUUUGAUUGUGGAGAGCAUAUCUGAUGAUGGGGAUUUGUAGGACUUUAAAAAGCACUCAUGUUUCCAUCCUCACUGUUGACUCCUGGCUUAAAGGGAUCUCCCGGGGUGAGUGAGGAGGCGGGAUCGGACCCUGGCAGUCUAUCGGCAGCACCUGUGUUCCUCUGCACUGGGCCGUGGAUGACAUUACACACCUUGCCACUCCCACGGUCCUGUGUCUUCCGGAUAUUUUAAAAUAAUGGCUAUAAGGUUGAGCACUUCAGGAUAUGCUGUUUUGCUGUGUGCAGAUGGAGGCAGUGGCUGGAGUGAAUGAACGGCAACACUUGCUGGCAACCGGCAGAAGCUGAGAGACAGGGAACAGGCUCUCCUCCAGAGCCUCCAGGAGCCAGGCCUUUGGACACCUUGAAUGUGGGCUUCUGGGAGACCAUGCGUUUCUGUUAUAAGCAGCCCAGUCUCUGGCAGUUUUUACGGCUGCCCCCGAACACUCAUCUAUACCUGUCUGACCAGGUCAAGCUCCAAGGAAGGGAUUCUCUACAUAUCUACAUUGUUUGCAGAUUUUACAAUAAUCAUUUAUUCUUGCAUGGCUGAUCAUUGUUAACCAAUACAAAUAAAAUAAUAAAGAAAUGA